CGGGCCGUAGCGAUUUGAAAGCCGUGCCAUCCGCAUACCUCGCAGAGUUUGACCUGCCACACAGUACAGAAAUUUUCAUUAGAUCCAUGUUUCGUUUUUUGGCAGAAUAAAAGGAGGUCUGGAUGACUGUAAAGCGCUCCCCCAUCUGACACACGCCAGAGGACGCGAUUCUUCAGGUGCAUAUUUAUGGAAUAAAACCAGCCAUCAUGUCAGGAAAGUCAGAUGGGAAAAAGAAGUGGGCGGCCGUCAGGGGUCGCCUCGGCUCCUCGCAGGACUCGGACACCCAGCAGGAGGCCAACCUGGAGAGUGCUGAUCCAGAGCUGUGCAUCAGGCUGCUGCAAGUCCCCACCGUGGUCAACUACUCAGGGCUCAAGCGUCGCCUGGAGGGCAGCGACCAGACAUGGAUGGUCCAGUUCCUGGAGCUGAGUGGGUUAGAUCUCCUCCUGGAGGCCUUGGACCGGCUCUCGGGGCGGGGAUGCUCUCGCAUCGCUGACGCCCUUCUGCAGCUCACCUGCGUCAGCUGCGUCCGCGCAGUCAUGAACUCCUCCGCAGGGAUCCACUUCAUUAUAGAGAACGAGGGAUACAUUCGGAAGCUCUCCCAAGCCUUGGAUACUUCCAACACCAUGGUGAAGAAGCAAGUGUUUGAGCUGCUUGCUGCCCUCAGCAUGUUCUCCACGGACGGCCAUCACCUGGCACUGGAUGCCUUGGACCACUACAAGGGCGUGAAGACACAGCAGUAUCGCUUUAGUGUGAUCAUGAACGAGCUGCACACUACAGACAACGUUCCCUAUAUGGUCACACUCCUCAGUGUCAUCAACGCCAUCAUCUUCGGCUCAGACGACCUCAGGCAGAGAGAUAAGAUGAGGAAGGAGUUUAUCGGGCUUCAGUUACUUGAUAUUCUGCCAAAGUUAAGGGAGCAGGAGGAUGAGGACUUGAUUAUUCAGUGUGAAGCUUUUGAAGAGGCAAUGGCUGAAGAUGAAGAGGAGCUGCUGCGGAUCUAUGGGGGCAUUGACAUGAGUAAUCACCUGGAGGUUUUCACUACACUCUUUAACAAGGUGAGCAGCUCUCCGGCCUCUCUCCAGCUGUUGUCCAUCCUGCAGACGUUGUUGGUGCUGGGCCCGGGCCGCUCCGAUAUCUGGCUAGCACUGGAGGCCAUCACUAACAGAGCCAUACUGCUGGCCCAGGACUCUCAGAUGGAGUCCUGUGAGAAGAUCAUGCAGCGGCUGAUGUUCUCCAAAGGCUGUGAAGGUCGUCAUGAAGUGGACGGGCAGCUGCUGAAAGUGGAUAAGGCCGUGCAGACCGAUGUGGACCAUCAGGACACAGAGGAGUCAGACAAAAGCAUCACGUCCUCUCAGAAGCCACUGUGUGCUGCUCCUCCACCUCCCCCUCCACCCCCACCUCCUCCUCUACCCCCGAGUAUGACUGGGCCCCCGCUCCAACCUUCUAACCAGUGCCCACCUCCACCUCCGCCCCCACCUCCACCUCCUCCUCCACCACUACCUGGAGGGUUUGGUGGACCCCCACCACCCCCUCCCUUGCCUGGAAUGCCGCCACCGCCACCACCACUUCCCUGUGGUCCAGGCAUGGCACCCCCACCACCUCCGCCACCACUACCAGGGAUGGGUGGCGGACCACCGCCGCCACCUCCCUUACCUGGCAUGCCACCUCCCCCUCCUCCCCCGCCAGGCAUGAUAGUGGCUCAGAGUAGCCAGGCCCUUGGGUGCACUGCACCCAUAAAAGCAAGCCGAUGCCCCACCCUGAGGAUGAAAAAGCUCAACUGGCAGAAACUCCGCUCUGUUACUGAUGGUCACUCCAUGUGGGCCUCAGUUCAGAAAGAGCCGCCUCCUCGCGAGCCGGACUACAGCAGUAUCGAGCAGCUGUUCUGUCUCCCGGUGACCGUGCACAAAGACAAGGGGGCAGCUGCUCCUGUCAAGAAGGAGCCUAAAGAGAUUACAUUCAUUGAUCCAAAGAAAAACUUGAAUUUAAACAUAUUCCUGAAGCAGUUCAAAUGCACAAAUGAGGACUUUGUAGCCAUGAUUCAGAAUGGGGACCGUUCUAGAUUUGAUGUAGAGGUGCUGAAACAGCUUCUAAAGCUCUUACCAGAGAAACAUGAGAUUGAAAAUUUGAAGUCUUUCCAAGGAGAAAAAGACAAGCUGGCGAAUGUUGACCGCUUCUACACCUCCCUCCUCACUGUGCCAUGUUAUCAGUUGAGGAUUGAGUGCAUGUUGUUGUGUGAGGAGACUUCAUCAGUGUUGGAUAUGCUCAGACCGAAAGUCAAGCUGGUGGAGGAGGCGUGCCAGUCCCUCAGAACGAGCACGCUCAUGCCCAGCUUCUGCAGGCUCAUCCUUGACGUCGGAAAUUUUCUCAACUAUGGAAGUCACACAGGGAACGCUGAGGGGUUCAAGAUUAGCUCUCUGCUCAAGCUUACAGAGACCAAGGCCAACAAGGGCCGCAUCACGCUGCUUCAUCACAUCCUGGAGGAAGCAGAGGCGAACCACCCGGAGCUGUUGGCGCUGCCAGAUGAUAUAGAGAUCAGUCAAAAAGCAGCAGGAGUAAAUCUGGACUCUGUUCAGGCAGAAGCCAGUGCCUUACUUAAACGACUGAAUGAGACAGCCAGGAAGGUCUCCAACUCUGUGGAAGAGGUGAAGGAGCAAUAUGCAAAAGUUCUUGAGGAAAGUCUGGAGGCUUGUAGAGCUUUAAGCGAAAGGUUCACCGCGAUGGAGAAGAAGAAGAGCGAGCUGGCAGUCUACUUGUGUGAAGAUGCCAGUCAGCUGUCGCUCGAGGAACUCUUCGGAACUAUCAAGACUUUCCGAGAACUUUUCAUCAAGGCGCUGAAGGAAAACAAAACCAGGAGAGAACAGGCAGCCAAGGCUGAGAAGAGAAAGAAGCAGCUGGCAGAGGAAGAGUCCAAGAGACAGAAGGGAGAGAAUGGAAAAAUAAUCAAGAGAGGCGUUGUUCCACAGGAAGACGGUUGCAUCAUCGACCACCUCCUGGCGGAUAUCAGGAAAGGUUUCAGCCUUAGAAAGACCAGGCCAAGGUGCGAUUCGGAAAGCCUCCCUUCUAGUGAAAUGCGUAGGGAUACCUACCCAUCUGGAUCAAGUGUGAAGCCUGUAGGCGAAGAAGCCGCAGAAAUGGCCACCAUUUCCGCUCCUACCAAACCUCAGACCGAGGGUCACCCGCCCAGCACAGGCGAAGUGAACGGCUUCAUCAGCCCAUCAGAAGAGACUCCACCAGCGCCGAGAAGUUCGGUGCAAGAUGGACCAGCUGUACCUCCCAACACACUCCCAGGAGAAGCAGCCACGACAACGCAGGCACCCCAAGAAAGACCUGCGUCGCUGCAGGAUGGGCAACACCCACAGAAACCUGUGGCAUCUUCGCUGGAUACGACUCAAACUCAGCCUCAGGUUGAAGCAGAGCACCAACCAUCUCUCCCCACAAACGGCUUUUCAUUGGAUUCAACUGAGAGCAGCGCACUCAGCCCAUCUUCCCUCUCUGACUUGGACCUGCUAGAGGCCGUAUUAGAUGGCACUUCCAGCCUGGUACCUGAGAAGCUGACACCCGAGGAGCCAGCAGACAUUAGUGUGAAUGUUCAGAUCAAGGAAAGCCCUUUACCUAAUACAGACAAUUUGACACAGAGUAGCGAAAGCCAUAAAACAGGAGGUGUGAAAGGGGAAACUAGUGAUAAAAUAAGCCAUUUAACAGAGACUGUAGAACAAGAGAGAGAUGGAGACGAGCAGGAAAGCAUCAGUGUAAAAACUCCAGGCCAAGAUGAGGUCAAGGAUAGUUCUAAACGUUUGGACCCAAAGCACAAUGUGACUACACUCAGUGAGAGCAUCGAGGGGUGGGACGUCCCAGAUGGACUGCAGUCAGAAGAUCUGCCAUCAGUGUCUGAAGAGGUGCCUCCAUCCCUUCAGCCCGAACCAAAGAAACGGCAGAGCAUUUUUAAGCGAAACAAAAAGAAGAGUACUCAAGGUAAUCUAUCUAUUAACUUAAAUAAAGAUCAUGUUUGGAAUGCUAGUCUCUUGAUUUGUCUUAAAGCAAAACCCUUAUUUGUUUUGUUUUUAUUUCAUUUAACACUUUACAUUUUAAUGCAUGGGCAUUUUUAGUGUUUGUUCGUAAGUAUUUUGUAUGAUAAUAUGCUUUUUAUUAAAGAGUGUUGAUUUGCAGAUUCAAUGUUGACUGGAUUUAAACAUGGUCAGUUUGGUUGAAUGCUCUGUUUUCCGUUCUGACUCUCUGAUACACAAGGUAACAGUGGGAAAGGACACACUAAGCAUAAAAAAGGCUGUGUGUUGCAGUGAGGUAGGUCAAAUCGAUGGGCUGGCAAACUGUAAGCGGGAACAUCAUCCUAAUGAAUUCAGUCACCGUCGAAGCUUCGUCCAAAAUAACACGUCAUUUGUCGGUCUUACUGGAAUCCGGAUCUCAUUUGUCUCUGUUGUCCAGCUUUUUACCACUUGCUCUCACUUUAACACUUUUCCAGCUCAGUGGUGGUCAGGCCCAAAAUCUCUAACAGCAUUUAACCAAAUGUGUCUUGAGGUGGUUUUAAAUGUAUAUUAAACCAGGGUGGAGACUAAUCUGAAAAGUGUGAUCAUAUACAGCAAUUAAACCUCUUUAAUAAGUAGUUACCUUAUCUAACAUCAGUGUUCUGGCCUCAAACAGCCUUGCAGUUUUGUGAAGUCUUUGUGAAGUCAUUGUGGACUGAGUAAUUUCAUGACAGCUGUCAGUUUUGUGUCUCUCCUUCCAUAUUUUCUUGUCCAUUCCCCAAAUCUGCAGCUGGGACUGUUUAACCUACUAACACGGUCUAGUGUGCUUCCUGUAAACUGUGCUUCAUUAAUCUGACUUUGAUGAAAGAUAGACCUACUGUACUGGAUGUGAUGUAAAUGCAUUAAAGAUGUUUUUACCACAAAAAAGUUAAACAUUUUAAAGCUGAUGUAGCCAUGCCUGCAAGAUAUAGAUAUAAUAACUUUAAGAGGUAUUAAAGUGUUUUAUUUAGAUGUAUUUUGAUUUUCAAAUUCAUUUUAGUCUUUGUUUUCCUAGGUGACUCGAGAAAGAGGAAAUCAAGAGGAAGAAGAAAAUGUUAAUUUCCCACAGGCGUUCUGAACUGGAAGGACUGAAGUGUGUUUUAUAUUGUGAGACUACAUGAAUAUUGACUCCUUCAAGAGGAUGCAGAGGUCUUCCUUUUGCAAUGAUUUGAGACCAAGAAGAGGAAACGCAUCUAAUGCUGCCAUCUUCAAAGCAUGAAUGUUAUCGUGUCACUUUAUGUAAAUGAGUUGUAGUUUUUGUGUGUAUGAGUGGUUUUGAUUCAGAACUAUUCAAAAGAGUUGAAUAUGCUUUAUAUGUUUUGUACACUUGUUGUAAUAUGCAGUGACUGUGUUUUGCUACUGUAUACACUCUUUACUGUUGAGCACCUAUAGAAAGAAAAAUGCAGUGUUUUGGUGCAAGGUAUGUAACUGAUCAAAACAAAACAGCUUGAAACCAGUGUCUUCAUUUCUCUCUUCACUAGCCAGAUGAUCUCUAACAGGAAAUCUAAGGAGAGCAUUUAAUGGAUUGUAACUUUGAAUGUUAAUAUUUUAAUAAAAGUGGAUUUACUGUU